UGACUGCUUUAAGAAAACAUAUCGUGUCGAAGGUUACUUUGGGAUGUAUCGUGGGUCUGGCGUUAAUAUUUUGCUCAUUACCCCUGAAAAGGCUAUUAAACUUACGGCGAAUGACUUCUUCCGUCAUAAACUCACGACUAAAGAUGGGAAGCUCCCUAUUUUUCCGAGAAAUGGCUGCUGGAGGCUUAGCUGGGCUUUGUCAAAUUGUGGUAACAACACCAAUGGAACUUUUGAAAAUUCAGCUGCAAGAUGCUGGUCGAGUAGCUGCUCAAGCAAUGGCUAGUGGACAAACUGCUAGUAUUCCAAAGAUUUCUGCAACGUCAAUUACACUUCAGCUUUUACGGGAAAAAGGAAUUCUUGGUUUAUACAAGGGGACAGCUGCCACCAUGUUGCGAGAUGUCUCGUUUUCAGUUGUCUAUUUCCCAUUAUUUGCUCAUCUAAACUCUCUUGGUCCACGCAAGAAUGACGGAUCAGGUGAAGCAGUCUUUUGGUGCUCUUUCUUAGCUGGCUGUGCAUCCGGAUCUUUAGCAGCUUUAGCAGUUAACCCAUUUGAUGUAGUGAAAACAAGAUUACAAUUAAUAACAAAAGGAGCAAAUGAAACUCAGUAUAAAGGCAUUAUAGAUGCUGUUCUGUAAGUGUUCAUUUUACUUUAGUCUUUGU